GAGUUGUAGUUUUGCAACAGCUGGAGCCAACUUGGAUGGCAUGUAGGCGACUAACCGACAAUAGGUCAGUGGUCACGCUGCAGUUGGCAAAGUGUGUAGGCAACUAAAAGGUUCAACAUGGUGUUGGGUACAACCAUGUCUUGCACUUCCUCCUACGCCCGUCACUCUCCUGCUCCUCAAGGACAGCACUGCGCUUGCGCGUCUCCUUCACGUCCUAGGUCGCAAGUCAUUGACGUCACGGGUAACAUGGCGGCCUUCGGUAUGGAAGCAGCAUGCCGGGCAGUGUUGGGGCGAAGGUUACAGAGUGUCUGGAGGAUUACAGAAGCUGCCGAGCGACAGUACCACAGAUGCCCAGCUACAGCUCGUCUACACAGGGUACGGCCCACCGGGGCCCACCAACUACUGGUCUUCACAAAUGUUCGCCACCAAAGCACGGUGACCACAGCUACCAGCCAGAUCCCGGUUGUCUCAGAGGCACAGCUACCACCGCCCCCUUCUCCCCUUCCUACUCCAGAAGCUACCUUACCACCACCAGUCUAUGAAGUUGCACCCACCGUGACAGAAACAUUUGGUCAGGUGGAACAAAGUUUGAGUGAAUUGGGGCUUGGCGGAUACAGUCCUGUCGGAUUGGUUCAGAGCUUUCUGGAAUUAUUACACCUGGAUGUAGGCCUUCCUUGGUGGGGGGCAAUUGUAACAGGCACAGUUCUUGCACGUAUUCUAGUUUUUCCUCUAAUAGUUAAAGGACAGAGGGAGGCAGCUAAGUUGAAUAACCAUAUGCCACAAAUCACUGCAAUGACAACUCGAAUGAAUGAGGCCAAGCGGUCAGGCAACAGGUUUGAAUUCUCCAAAGCAUACUCUGACCUCACACUGUAUCAAAAGAAACAUGAUGUAAAUCCUCUGCGCGGAUUUUUGGUGCCUCUGGUGCAGGCACCAGUAUUUAUUUCCUUUUUUGUGGGACUAAGGCAGAUGUCCUAUCUUCCUGUCCCAAGCAUGCAAACUGGGGGUCUCUGGUGGUUUGCUGACCUAACUGCAGCUGAUCCAUAUUACAUUCUGCCGCUAGUAGUCACUACCAGCAUGUGGGCCGUUCUAGAGCUUGGAGCAGAGUCAGGGGUAAAUAAUCCUAACCUUAGAAUCAUGAAGACUGUUUUUCGUGUCAUGCCCCUGAUCAUUCUCCCUCUUACCAUCAACUUCCCCACUGCUGUUUUCACAUAUUGGGUCACUUCAAACUUUUUCUCUAUAGCCCAAGUGGCUUUUUUAAGAAUUCCAGCUGUCCGAAAGAAGCUGAAGAUACCAGACCAAAUCAAGCAUGACCCAACAGUCCUCCCCAAGCAGGAUGGCUUCAUAAAGAGCCUGAAAAAUGGUUGGAAGAAUGCACAGCUGGCUCAGCAACUGGAAGAGAGAGAGCACAAAAUCAAACAUCAUCUGGACAUAGCAGCAAAAGGACCACUGCGACAGACCUUCGCUCAAAAUCCUUUACAGCAACGGGAGAAAACGGCUGUAUCCCCAAGAAAACCCAAAAAUAAACCCUGGCAAGACACAAUUGGAUAAGCAGACUUCUCUAUUAAGUCAUGAACUGAUCAAUCUCAUCCAUUCAUGAACUUUCCCAGGAUGGUGGUUUCUGAAUGACAAGAAAAACUUGGCCAAGUAGAUUCCAAAAUCCUGUGUCAGAUUGUCUUUAUUUAUAAAGUUAAAAUGUGUCAUGUGACAUUCACCAUAAAAUCACAGGAUAAACCCUCAGACGGAGCCAUUUUAAAAAAUAAAAUAAAAUGGACUGUUGUAUGAAA